AUUCGUGUUGUGGCGAUGUACAUCAAAAUAUUGAGCCGCGGCUCCAUCCACAGGUACAUCGUAUAAUAAUAUGAUCUAAGAUCGCAUCCACGAAAUUUCGGGACAAGUAGGUACCCCAAUUCUUCUCACAACGUACUCCCUGUUAGGGUCCCGGCAGGGUAUUUCGUUAUGCUCUCGGCCGUUACCGUCGUUUUAAAUAUUGUUCGCGUUCACCGUUUGUAUUUAAACAAUAAUGUUAAGCCUUUUUGUCUUUUUAUUGACGAUCGUAGUAUACACGCGUAGCAAACUUUUUUGUCAGUUAUAUCAAAUAUAAUAAUUACUACUAUGUCGGUUAUCCAGGCGUUUUGGCUUUCGUCGUCAUUCUAAGGUUCCUAGCCUCAAACAAUCAAACCUUUCCUCCUUCGUUGUCGGCGGCAAAUUUUUCACAUCAUCAAGGAAAAGUAUAGACCUAUAAUAAGGCUAUAAACUAGUUUAUACUGUUUAUAAAUUAUAGGUCUAAAAAGUAAACUUAUCUACAAUAAUUACCUACCGACCACAGAUUUCUAUAUUAUAGUGUAGUAUAGAAGUCUGCGGUACCGACUCAUAUCCAAGUCUAUCGAGUCCUACUACGAUAUCAGAUUUGAUGACUUACGACAAAUAACAUUUUUUUUUAAAGUAAAUAUGGUGUAUAAAUGUGUGGUUCCAAAUUGUGGUGUAAUUUAUGCUAAUGCAUCAAAAAUUAAAUUAUAUCGAUUUCCAACCGAUGAAGUUUUAAAAAGUAAAUGGAUGAAAAGUUGUUCAAUUACAAAAUAUCUCGUAUCUUACAAAGUGUGUGGUAAUCAUUUUUUACCUGAAGAUAUUAAAGAUAAUGGUCGUCUAAUACCUUCUGCUGUCCCUAGUAUACAACUUGGUGUAAAUCUCCAUCCAAAUUCUGAAAAUUCAAGCCAAAUUGAUAUCAGUACAAUUAAUAAUUCCAAACCGAAUGGAGCUGACUCACCUCAAAGAUCUGAUACCUCUACUAGUUUGAUCACUGAUAUAUCACCAACUCAAACAUCAAAAAAAGGAAAAUUUUCAUUAAAUCAUCCUAGGUAUUUUAAUGAUUUAACCAUUGAACAUUUUUCUACACCAAAUAGAGCUAAAAUAUAUCUAGCAUUUGCCAAACAAAAGCACAAUGACGUCAAGAAAAAAACUGAAAAAGGCUCAACAACAAAACCGAAGAUUGGCAGAAAAAUUAAAAUGUAUCAAUAUUUAAUUCGGACCAUAAGACAGAAAAUGCUUCUCAGCUUAUGCAACCCGCAAACGUGAACACAUGGUGGACGUUAGUGCGGGUGUUCCAAGGAGCCCAUAUGUUAGGGAAUUGUUUGUGGACCGGGAACCAGAUAGAUCCAUCUGAGCAGCCUGAACAAGUGCAAUCUGUUUCCCCGCCACCUGCGUCGCUCUAUACCCGGUACUUCUGCAGCUUCACCUCAACCGCCUCCAAGGUCGCCAACCACCCCUACUGGACGGAUGGUGAAUUUGCGAUUGAUGACGCCGAAGAGGAUGAAGUACUCGGAAUCAGAGGAAAAUAUCCUACACGAUCUGAUUUUGACCAACUCGCCAUUGUUGAACACCAGGGGGGAUUUGAUUACGCUGUUGCAGCACAUUGCGUUUAAACAUGAUCCUCCCAGGACAUUGACCAGUUUAAGGACUAAGAUCCGAGAUAUGAAGAGAGAUAUGCAAAGCCGUGGAAUCAUAAAUUAGUCUUUUUUUUUUUUUUGCAACUCUAAAACUUUAAAUGUUAUAUUAUAGCUCCCUAAUAAUGGUUUCAUGAAAAGUAUGAAUUUAGUAGUUGAAAUCUAUCCUCCUUCAUCUCUUUUGGAUAUUUACCAACACAAGAUUGUAUUUAACACUUUUUCUAUCAUAAGUCAUUACUUUCAAUGUAUUUAUUCGUAUUGCAAUAAUUGCAAUGACUUAUUUAAUAUUUUAUAAUAAGUUAAAAUAAAAGUUUAUAUAAAAAAAUAAACCUCAAGACUGAUCAGUAAUAUAUAAUGUUGUGUGUUUUAAUAUUUGUUGUAUGGUCUGAUCUUAUGUUUUUCUAAAAAGUGAUAAAUGUUUGUACAAUAGAGACUAGAGAGACAUAAUAAUACUUAGAUAGCUAAAUUACUAAGCAAAGCUAAUACAUUUAACUGUAAUGCCAGUGUUUAUUGCAACAAAAAUAGGAAUUUAAAAAUUACAACUAUUAAUUUUCUAAUUGUCCAUGAGAUGAUCUUUAAAAUCAUGUCUGGAAAAACUGAAAAUAAAAGAUGUUAGUGUACUUAAUAUAUUAUAUUAUAAAAAAUAACCUAUUAGAAACUAAAACAUUUAGGUUUUGUAUCAAUAUUUAAUUCGGACCAUUAGACAGAAAAUGCUUCUCAGUUUAUGCAAGUUAAUCACUUUGUACUUACUACUUAGUAUAAGAUCUAUGGUCUGAUCCAUGAAUAUAUUAUUAUCUAUGUUGAUAAUGGUAAGACGGCUGUCUAGUAUAGUUAUAGUUAGAAACUUUAAAAUUUUAGCUAUGAUUAUACAUUUUACCUACUAUAUAAUAUUAACUUAUAUAUACAUAUAUAUAUAGUAUAUUAUAUAUUCUGUUCAAAAUGAGAUGAUGACUCGGCAGUCAAGUUGUGCGCAUGGGCGUGGCUUUGUUCCGUGGCAGUGCCAACGUGUCACCGUAGUGGGGACGGCGUCUGAACAUAUGUCUGACCGCCGCCUGACAAAAACUGGUCGCCGCCGAGUCAUCAUUUCAUUUUGAACAGAGUAUAGACUAUAGUAUUAUUAUAUACUUUUAUUAAUUUAUUAAUUUAUGAUAUAGAUGCCAAGUUUGCAAGUGACUAAAAAAGAGGAAUUUCGUCAGGCUAUUCCUACACAAUGUUCUUUAGAUAUUUCCCAACAAGUGAUAUCAAGACAACAUGAACAUUUAAUCCUACCAGUUAAUUUAUCAGGUGUUCCGGCUCUAUUAGAGAAAUAUUCAUUAUUACAUAUAUAUACAGUGUGUCCCGUUUUAAAUGUACCACUAAAUAUCUCAGCCCGAUAAUCUUAGAUUGAAAUACGGUUUGCUGCAAUAGCUAAGGGGUACUG